AUGUAUACUGUUUCACCAUUGAAUAUAGAACAAUUCUCUCUCAGACUUUUACUUUUACACACACCUGGUUCAAAAAGUUUUCAGGAACUUAGAACUGUUCAUGAUCAUAAGUGUGCCCAAUGGCAAAUGCCAAAAGAAUUAAGACAACUAUUUGUAUUAGUACUAAUUUGGAGUAAUAUUAAUAAUCCUCUACAACUUUGGAAUCAAUAUAAAGAACAUCUUUGUGAAGAUUUUAUCCAUCGUAAUAGUACUGAAGUUGCUUUAUUUUUGGCUUAUCAAAAUAUUAAUUAA